UUUUUUUAAUAUUUUUGUCUCAUAUUCAGGUUACCUAGCUGACAUUUCAGUCUUCCUCCUAUAGCUUUAAAUAUCAAUGAACUUCAUUUUCUUUUUAUUGAAGCUAGUAAUAUGAACCAAUAUUUAGAAGUUAUUCUUCAUCCCCAACAUUGGUGUCAAUAUAUGAAAGAAAUGCAGCUUUGCAUUUGAUGGACAAGUCUGAUUGUCGCUUGAGCUCUGGCUCCUAGAUAAUAAGUUGAAGACUGGAGGGGAAAAGCAUGAAUGACAUCAAACUGCUACUGCUACUUGUAGAAUAAUGCUUUUGACUGACAAAAACUCGUACUAUGACGAACCUAGGAGCAGAACGAGUGGGAUAUAGUUUCUUUCUCUUGCCCUAAAAUGAUGGCUGUAAAUUAUUCUAUGCCCUAUGCCAAAGACCUAUAGAACAGAGCUAUAUGGUUGUAAUACUCUUGUCACUUUUCCAAUAUGGUUGUAUGAAUGAUCGUAUUUUUUUUUGUGAUAAUAUUUCCAAGAGCUAUAUGUCUAUGUGUAAGAGUAUUAAAUGCAUCCAUUUUGUGAAAUGGAUUUCAUAAUUUUUUAACUCAAAAAGUGCACACAUCCCUGGAUCCCAAACUUGCAAAAUAGCUGAAAAUAUGCAUUGGUGUGAUGAUUGAUGGUGUAUGGCAUUUUAUGCACAACUACAGGAACUCUAGUAUGUUUAUCCAUUUUGUCCUUAAAUAUGCAGUUGCAGCUUCACAAAUAGCUUUUGGGUUUGGAGGGGCAGCAACUUCCAUGAAACAUGGCGUUCCCAAGGGUGGGAGUAGUAGCAAUUAUUCAGGUUCAUAUUGUGCAAGCCAGAUGAAAGAAUACAAAGAACCGUGGGACUAUUACAGUUAUUAUCCUGUAACUCUUCCUUUAAGGAGACCUUAUUCAGGAAAUCCAGAAAUUCUUGAUGAGGAGGAAUUUGGGGAAGUGACAGAGACUGCAGUUUAUAAUGAAAGUUCAGUAAAUCCAGCCUUGGAGCUUGGUCUAAUGGAGGAUAAUGCAGAACCAAAAAUGUUAUUUCUUCAGUUACCACCAACUCUCCCCUUGUUGAAACGGCCUGCAAAGGCUAACGGGCAUGAGGUGGGUGAUAGCUCAAGGCCAUCUGGUGGGGCACGCACAACAGAGAAGACAUGCGGGUUAGAUGAUUUGCCAGCAGGAUUAAUGGGUAAAAUGUUGGUGUAUAAAAGUGGGGCUGUCAAGUUGAAGCUUGGUGACACCCUUUAUGAUGUAAACCCAGGUUUGAAUUGCGUCUUUGCACAGGAUGUAGCGACCAUUAAUACCACAGAGAAGCACUGCUGCGUUGUUGGGGAGCUCAACAACCGUGCCAUAGUGACCCCAGAUAUUGACUCUGUUUUGAAUAGUACGGAAGAUUUCUGAUAGCUUUUGCCCUACAUUACUCUGGAUUAUUUGUUGGAUUUCAUACUUUCUAAAAAGAGGCUAGCAAUCAGCCUUUAUUUGAUUAACACAUUCUUUAUUAGUAAAAAAUAAUUAUACUCAUACAAAGAAAUGAUUAUGUUGACCUUUC